AUGUUUGCUCAAUCUGGAUACAAUGUCAGUGCCUCCACCUUCCUCCUCACAGGCUUCCCUGGUCUGGAACAGUCAUAUGUGUGGAUUGCUAUCCCCUUCUCCUCCAUCUAUGCCAUGGUUCUCUUUGGGAAUUGCAUGAUUCUCCAUGUGAUCCGGACUGAACAGAGUCUGCAUGAGCCCAUGUUUUAUUUCCUAGCUAUGCUGGCGCUCACUGACUUGUGCAUGGGCUUGUCUACGGUGCACACAGUGUUGGGCAUCCUAUGGGGGCUCAGUCAUGAGAUCAGUUUGGAUGCCUGUAUUGGCCAGUCUUACUUCAUUCAUGGUCUGUCUUUUAUGGAAUCUUCUGUCCUGCUUGCAAUGUCCUUUGAUCGUUACAUUGCAAUCUGCAACCCACUACGCUACUCUUCUAUAUUAACUGCGACCAGAAUAAUAAAAAUUGGGAUAGCUAUUGUGAUUAGGAGCUUCCUGUUUAUCACUCCUGCUAUUAUUCGCCUUAAGUUUUUCCAUUACUGCAGGCCCCAUGUUCUCUCUCAUUCCUUCUGUCUCCAUCAGGACCUCCUCAGGUUGACCUGCUCUGACAUCCGCUUUAAUAGUUUCUAUGCUUUGGGGUUAGUCAUUUGCACCCUAUUGUUAGACUCUGUCCUUAUCCUUGUUUCCUAUGUACUAAUCCUGAAAUCUGUCUUGGCAAUUGCAUCUCCGGAUGAGAGACUCAAAUCUUUCCAGACUUGUGUCUCCCAUAUCUGUGCUGUCCUAGUCUUUUACAUUCCCAUCAUCAGUCUAACUAUGGUACACCGUUUUGGCAAGCAUCUCUCCCCUAUAGUGCAUGUCCUUAUGGGUAAUAUUUAUAUUCUUUUCCCACCCUUGAUGAACCCAAUUAUCUACAGUGUCAAGACCCAGCAGAUCCGAAGCAGGAUAAAAAGACUCUUCUCAGGGCAAAGGUACUGA